CACGGCAUCCGACUCUUCUUCCUUCCUUCCUUCGCUCGUAGCUGUCGCCGCCCAACGCAACGUCAGCGAUUCCGAGAACCGGCACCGCCAUAUAUCCCGAGCCCCCCAUUACAAGAAUAACUACGCUUCCAAAGAAAUGGUUUACCGACCUUUGAAGGGUAUCUUUCAUCAUAUUCAUUAUACUACAAAUUGUCUGAAGAGAUGUGGAAGUUAUCAAAGUUAUGUGUAUAGUGUUCUCAAUCGGUUUCAGCUAACACGGUCAAAAGCAGAUAAGGUAGGAGCAGAUAUGCAGAAAGAAGUUUCUGUGGAGUCUAAAGUUGAGAAGAAGAUGUGCAGUGGUUCUAGGCUCAGCAAAUACAGUUGCAAAGAUGAAGAUCUGAGUGAUAGGAAGGGGAGGUUGGAGCUUGCUUGGCUCACAAAAGCUCUUGAACCAGCUCUGCAAUUGUGUAGGUGGGCUCUGCCAACAGGAGAUGGAUUGAGAAACGAACCCCCACCUGUCAAUCGGUCAGUUUCAGAAAUUAUUGCAAGCAUUCAACGGAGUAAGAUUGGAAUCCAAGAUUGGAGCCUGAGCGAUCUCACAAUUGGCUUAUUUCUUAUUUAUCUUCGUCAAGCAUCUACAAAUCCAUUUGAAGAUGUUAAGGGUGUUCAGAUCACAUCAGACUCAAUAGUGCAAGACCUCAUCUACCAUCUGGAGUUAGCAAAAGGUUGUUAUAAGGGUGAUGCUGCAGGUCUUUCAAGGAACAGUAUGAUUCGAGAAAGCAAUGUUUUGAAGUUCGUAAAAAAUUCCAGUCUGAUGAGACCUGGAUAUUACAUUGGGGUUGAUGCCCGUAGGAAACUUGUGAUCCUUGGAAUCCGUGGCACUCAAACUGUCUAUGACCUUAUCACUGAUAUCGUUUCUUCGAGCGAUGGAAAAGUGACAUUUGAAGGGUAUUCCACCCACUUUGGCACAGCUGAAGCUGCUCGUUGGUUUCUUACUCAUGAGAUGGGAACUAUUAGGAACUGCUUGGAGAAAUACAAGGGAUAUAGGUUAAGACUUGUGGGUCAUUCUCUCGGAGGUGCUACGGCUUCUUUACUAGCAAUAAUGAUUCGUAGAAAGUCAGUUGAGGAGCUUGGAUUUAGCCCGGACAUUGUUUCUGCUGUUGGAUAUGCCUCUCCACCUUGCGUCUCCAGAGAACUUGCUGAAAGCUGCUCUGAUUACGUUACCACCAUUGUUAUGCAGGAUGAUAUUAUACCUAGAUUAAGUAUAGCUUCUCUAACAAGGCUGAGGAAUGAAAUCCUUCAAACUGAUUGGAUGAGUGUGGUUGAGAAGGAAGACUGGAAAAAUGUAAUAAAUUUGGUUACAAAUGCAAAGCAGGUUGUGUCUUCAGUGCAAGAUGUAGCUCGGAAGCUUGCAGAUUAUGCAGACUUUAGGAACAAAAGAACUUAUUCUGAUGUUUCUUUCGGAGAGGAAUUGGCUGCUGCUCCUGUAUCCACUUUAGUGUCCACCUCAAAAGAGAAUAUUGUCAUUGAAAAGGAAGUAGCUGCCUCUACAGUUCCUGAAGAGUUAUUUGUACCCGGGACCGUCUUCUAUCUAAAGAGGAAUGCGGACACCCGGGCUGGUAUCAGCAGGGAGUUUUUCACACUCUGGAAGAGGCAUCCAGCCGAACAUUUUCAGAGGAUAGUGCUCUCGAGCAACUUAAUUUCAGACCACAAGUGUGAUAGCCAUUACUAUGCUUUAAGAGAUGUUCUAAAAGGUUUGCCAUGUCCUAAUGACGAAGCUAUUUUCAGAUGAAUACAAAAAGAAUGUUUGAUGUACAAGCGAGCAAAUUAGUUUUUGAAAACUCAUAUAGUCCAUGAAAACUUAAGUCUCCAUAUUCGUGUGAGAGACUUAUACAAAAAUUUUGUUCCUAGCCUGAGUAGUUUUCUAGCCUAAACAUUUGUUGUUUGUAGUUUUCUUUAGUCACUAUGACUCAGUUUUGAAAAAUCUUUAGGGGAAAUAUCAGCAAUUAUUUUACUCAAUAA